CUUGAAUAACACAAGACAUAAAACUGAACACUGACACUGACACUGACACUGACACUGACACUUGGCUCUGCUUGACGACCUUUCCUCUUCAUACCCCUUUAAUCCUUUUCUCGCUUUCUUCCAUUCAUCCUCAUCCUCUUUCAUCCUAAAUCAACCUUAUUUCAAUUCACUUUACAGAAUAUCAUGGAUAUCCAGACACUUUAUAAUCUGUUUCAGGCUACAUUUCAACCUGAUGCUAAUAUUCGCAUGCAGGCAGAGCUACAACUCAAACAACUGGAAGGUACCCAGGGUACUCUUCUCUGCUCAAUGCAGAUUAUUGGAUCUGAAGAAUCCGAGUUACAUGUACGCCAAGCUGCGUCCAUUUACUUCAAGAAUGCUGUGAAGCGAUAUUGGUUUGAGACAGAGUCUACACCGACCCAUCUCAAGAUUUCAGAUAAUGACAGGCAGACCAUCAAAGACAACAUUCUCCAGUUGCUUGUUAGUACUCCUUCUGUUGUUCGUACCCAAUUGAUCACAAUUCUUGGUGUGAUCCUUUCGAAUGAUUUCCCUUCUAAAUACCCAGGUUACCUCGCUCAAGUCCAAGCCUUACUUCAAUCUCAAGAUCCUCAGAUUGCCUUUGUCGGACUUUUAGCAUUGAAGGAGCUCACCCGUGCUUACAAAUUCAGAUCAUCAGAUCGCGAGCCUGUUGAGGAAAUCAUUUCAUCAUUCUUUCCAGCUAUCCAACAAAUCGGCACAAGACUCAUCAGUGCCAACAAUGUCGAGGCUGCAGAGAUGCUCAAAAUCAUCUUCAAGUGCUAUCACCACACCAUUCAACUGGAUCUUUCAGAACGUCUCCGUGACAAUUCUUCACUCAUCCCUUGGGGCACACUGUUUAUUCAGAUGGUGGAAAAGUCUGUACCCACAGAGGGUUUACCCACUGAUCUGGAUGAGCUAGAGAAACACCCUUGGUGGAAGGCUAAACGAUGGGCGUACCAGUGCUUGAACCGUCUCUAUACUCGUUAUGGAAACCCUACGGCGUUGACCUCUGAUUCCAAAUUUAAAACCUUCGCCACUGGAUUUGUUCAGAAUUUUGCACCCAACAUCUUGACUGCUUACUUGAAACAAGUUGAGUUAUGGGUGGCAAAGCAAGCUUGGCUCAGCCCCCGCGUCCUCUGCUUGAUAGGCAACUUUUUUGAGGAAAGUGUCAAGGAUAAGCACAUUUGGUCCAUGAUGAAGCCUCAUUCUGUGACUUUGAUCACCCAUUUUGUAUUCCCACAACUAUGCUUCACACCCGCUGAUGAAGCCCUCUGGGUUGAUGAUCCUGUCGAAUAUGUUCAUGCCAAGAGUGAUGUCCUCGAGGAUUUCAGUAAUCCGUCCACAGCUGCUAUCAACUUUAUGAGUGUCAUGGCCCGUUAUAGACGGAAUGCUUUCAUGCAAGUUCUCUCUUUCGCCAAUGAUGUUCUUCAAAAGUACAAUGAAUCUCCUGCAGACGCAAAGAACCCUAGGGAAAAGGAUGGCGCUUUGGUCAUGAUCGGUGCUUUGGCUCCCAUGAUUCUGCGCAAGAAAGCUCUUGCCAGCAAUAUGGAGCCUUUCUUUGUCAACCACGUCUUCACUGAAUUCAAAAGUCAAUAUCCAUUCCUUCGUGCUCGUGCCUGUGAGAUGAUUAAUCAGUUCAGUGACCUGGACUUUGAAGAUCCCAACAACACUGGCAUCGCAUUUACCAACUUGAUGGAAAACCUUCGUGACAAUCAGCUACCUGUUAAGGUUGCUGCCGCGCUGGCACUUCGUCCCAUGAUCCGACACGAGGUUGUCUGUGAGGCCAUGAAGCCUCAUCUUCAGUUUAUUAUGCAUGAGUUCCUCGCUAUCACGAACCAAAUCGACAUCGACACUUUGUCAGAAGUCAUGGAUGAAUUCGUAGAGGUCUUUGCACAGGAUCUGACGCCCUUUGCUGUUCAACUCUGCGAGCAGCUUCGAGACACGUUCAUGCGCAUCUGUGCGGAUAUGGGGCCUAACUCGGAUGGUCUCGAUGAGUUUACGGAUAAAGCAAAUGAUGACACCUCUGACAAGUCUAUGGCUGCUAUGGGUGUUCUUAAAACUAUGGGUACCUUGAUUUUGAGCCUUGAGAGUACACCCGAUGUCUUGAACCAGCUUGAAGUCGCAAUCCUACCUGUCAUUACUUUUACUCUCCAAAACUCGAUCAUUGAUCUAUUCGAUGGCAUCUUCGAAAUCAUUGACAGCUGCACCUUCUCUGCCAAGGCCAUUUCCGCCAAUAUGUGGGGCGUCUUUGAACUCAUUUACAAGACUUUCAAGGAAUCGGCUCUGGACUUUAUGGAAGAAAUGCUACCCUCGCUUGAUAACUAUCUCUCUUAUGGCAAAGAGAUCUUUUGCGCCAACGCAAAUGUACAGCAUUCUAUCUAUGACAUUAUUGAAACUGUGAUGAAGAGCGAUCGUCUUUCUGAGAAUGACCGUAUACAGGCAUGCAAGUUGGCAGAAUCAUUUUUGUUAAACUGUCGUGGUCAUGUAGACAAGUAUGUGACCCCGAUCUUGAACUUGGUCUUUUAUUACUUGGCCCCUGAGGAGGGAAUCGAAACGACAGAAUUCCGCGUUCAAGCUACGGAAGUUGUAAUGAACGCUCUGUACUACAAUGCUACGGAGACUUUGCGCGUUUUGGAAGAGAACCAAUGGACUCAACGCUUCUUUGAGGUCUGGUUUGCCAACCUAGACAAAUUUACGCGUGUCCAUGACAGGAAGCUAUCCAUAUUUGCGCUCUGUGCCAUCCUCAACGUCCCUGUGGAGAAACUUCCUCCAACCCUCCAUAAUGCUUGGCCUCAAGUCUUGAACGGCAUUCUCCGCAAUUUUGAACGUCUUCCUGUUGCUCAAGCUAAGCGCAAGGAAAUGGAAAAGCUGUACAAUAUUGGAUCGGACGAUGAUGAUGACGAUGACGAUGACGAUGAUGAUGAAGAUAGUGAUAAUGAAGGACAGACUGCCCUCGAGGCCGCUCUUGCAGGAGAUGAUGAAAUUGAAGAAGAGUGGGUGGAUGAUGAAGAGGAUGUCUACGAUGAAGGUCACGAGUACCUUGAGUAUUUGGCUCAGCAGGCUGCCAAGACCCGAGCUACUGGAAAUGACGGUGAAGAAGAGGACGAUGAUGAGGAUGACGAUGAAGACUCGGACAGCCUGCAGGAAGAGAUCUACUUUGAAUCGCCCUUGGAUGACCUGGAUCCUUAUGUGGUCUUUCGUGAGGUCUUGACUGGUCUCCAGCAACACAAUCCUGCCUCAUACCACGAGCUCACAAAGGCCACUACGCUAGAGCAGCAAGAGCUCAUUAUGAACUUGCUCCAGAUUGCAGAGGCCAAUGCUGCUGCUGCAAGCGAGACUGCUGCCGCUAGUGAAGCUUGAACAAAGCAUUCUGGAGGAAAUAAGUAUCUGGGGAGAAUAUCACAAGAACCUACUGACUAAGUUCGUUUAGAAAGAGUUAAUAAAAAGUCG